GUAGGGGCGGACUGUAGCAGUGAGAUGAUGUGGAGAGGAGCCCCAAGUGCUGGCAAAGGCCUCGUUUCCGGCGGCAAGAUCCACCAGUGUCCCUCUUGUCCUUACAGCACCAAUAUUACCACAAAUUUGAAGAAACAUAUUCGCACUCAUACAGGGGAGAGGCCAUUUCCAUGCCCAUACUGUCCUUUCCGGGCAAUUCAGGAAGAAAACCUUAAAGUUCAUAUCCGGACACAUACAGGAGAAAAGCCAUAUGCAUGCCCCCACUGUCCAUUUCAUGUGGGGCUGGAAGGUGACGAUCAGAGGCCUGGUGGGCGAGGAAACGUGGGCCCCAAGAAGCAACAGUGUCCCUACUGUCCGUACAGCACCAAUUUCACAACAAACCUAAGGACUCACAUGCGCACACACACUGGGGAGAAGCCCUUUUCAUGUCCUCACUGUCCAUUUCAGACCACAACUAAGGCAAACCUGAAGAGAGAAUUAGAAACUCAUGUUAGGCCGGACUGUGAUGAUCAGUGGCGAGCUCAGAGAACAAGCAAGGGAAUCGGGAAAGGCCUCACUACCUCUGUCAAGAUGCACCACUGUCCCUACUGUUCAUAUUCAUCCACAACAAAGACAAACUGCACCAACCAUAUGCGUACACAUACUGGAGAAAAGCCCUUUUCAUGUAAUCUUUGUCCAUUCCGUUCUAGCCAGAAAGAGAAUAAGGAACAUAGAUGUAAUCAGUGCCAAUUAAAUCUAGAUCAUUAA